AUGCGCUGCUACGAGGAAGAGGGCAGCUGGAGCCUGUCCUUCUCGGGCGCCGGCUUCCUGGGGCUCUACCAUGUGGGCGUGACCCGCUGCCUCAGCGAGCGCGCCCCUCACCUCCUCCAGGGCGCCCGCCGCUUCUAUGGCUCCUCGUCCGGGGCGCUCAACGCCAUCGCCAUCAUCACCGGCAAGUCCGUCGACUUCUGCUGCUUCCAUCUCCUGGGCUUGGUCAAGCAAGUGGAGAGGCUGAGCCUGGGUAUCCUCCACCCGGCCUUCGCACCCAUCGAGCACAUCAGGCAGCAGCUGCACGACAGCCUGCCCUCCGAUAUCCACAUCCUGGCCUCCCAGCGGCUGGGCAUCUCGCUGACUCGCUGGCCGGAUGGCCACAACAUCAUAGUCACGGACUUUGCAACCCGCGAUGAAGUCAUCCAGGCUCUGGUCUGCACCCUCUACUUUCCUUUCUACUGUGGGACAAUUCCCCCCGAAUUCAGAGGGGAGCGCUACAUCGACGGGGCUCUGAGCAACAACCUCCCCUUUGCGGACUCACCCUCCACCAUCACCGUGUCCCCUUUCCACGGGACAGUGGACAUCUGCCCCCAGAGCUCAUCGGCCAGCAUGCAUGAGCUGAAUGCCUUCAAUGCCAGUUUCCAGAUCUCCACAAAGAACUUCUUCCUGGGGUUCGCCUCCCUCAUACCCCCCAGCCCUGAGGUGGUAGCUGACAACUGCAGACAAGGCUACCUGGACGCCCUCAGGUUCCUGGAGAGACGCGGACUUACCAAGGAACCAAUUCUUUGGAUGCUGGCAUCGAAGGAGCCCCCACCUCCGGCUGAUGAGAGCCAGGACAACGACCAGGACAGAGGCCAGAAGGGGGACCUGUCUCUCAACUGGGCGGUGCCCAACGUGCUGGUCAAGGACGUGCCCGACUUUGAGCAGCUCUCACCAGAGCUGGAGGCGGCGCUGAAGAGAGCGUGUAUGCGGGACCCCAGCCACUGGGCCCGCUUCUGCCGGUCGGGGCUUGGGCAGGCACUGACCUACUUGCUGCUGCCCUACACACUACCCUUCGAGUAUGUUUACUUCCGGAGCAGAAGGCUGGCGGUGUGGCUGCCCAAUAUGCCGAGCGACUUGUGGUGGAUGGGGGGCGUGCUGCACAGCUUGGCCCUCGAGAUCUACUCCAGGUUGAAGGACCAGCUCCUCCAGCUGGUCAGCCUGCCUGUCACCAGUCCCCUCCAGCUUGGGGCAGCUCUUCUUGUGGACCUGGCCAAGGAGCCCAGACCCCCCCCCCAUCAUGUGAGGGGCACCAUCAGGGCCAGCCCACUGACUCACCUCCCCUGGUCCUUGCCUUGGCCCUCACCCUGUGCCCAGAUCUGCCUCCAGUCCUCGGAUCCUGACUAGUCUUCUGGAGCUCAGAGCUCCGUGUGGUACUGUCUGCUGAACGGAGGAUGGAAGGGACAGCCCCCCUUUGCCCUCCACUCUUGUCCCUGACUGUGUGGGCGGUGGCCCCCAGGAGCCAGAAGAGGCCACACCAGCCCCUCUGGAGCCCCUGUUCCUUGGAGCCACUCCCUGGGGCCUGAGGACUUCUUUUUUGGGAAAGGCCCAGCCUGUUGGUAUGUCCCUUGGUAGCUGUGUCCAGGUCACCCUGGUAUCAGAGGGAAAAAGGAAGGUAGGAGCUGAGGCACACAUCUUGGUUUUUGAAUUUCCAUGUUGAGGACCCUGGGCCAGCAUCUACUGAGAAGCGGGGUUCGUGUACUUUUACUGAACAAUUUUCAGAGUGCUUUACAGAAGAUCAAGUGUCAGUGAUCAGAAGGCAGAUGGAAAUGAUGGGCUGGGGUGUGCCUCCCCUCAGAUCCUUUCUCUGACUUCCUUUGUCCUGCGCUUGCCCCAGGGUGACCCCCAUGGUCUGCCUCAUUCCUACAACCUUGAUCUCUGGCUUCCUACUGGGUCCAUCCAGCGGGAGCCCCCAGCAGGAGAUGUGAAGGUGGGAGGAGAGAGGGGGCAUCAACAUCUCAGAAUCUCACCCCUAUGUGUCCUGUUGGGGUGCCCAAGGGCCCCAGGCUGCCAGCACCAUGACACCACCCCCUUAUUCUUUAGGAAAGUUCAUGGUAUAGUAGUGCCUGCACGCCCCCACCCCCCCAGGCCCCUUUCUUUCUCAAGCAGAGAGGAGACUGGGACACCAGCCCUCCUCUAGUCUCUCCUGGGAGCUGACACCCUUUCUGUCCUCAGAGCAGAACCCACAGUGUGUCUUGGCCAGGCCCUUAUGAGACACUCAGCCUGAGCAGGGAUGGGGAGGGUGGGGAAAUGGAGGUAGGCCCAAGGGAAAAAAGGAGAAAAGGAAUAAAUCUAAACAAAAGAGAUAACAAGUCAUUCCUUUGUUCAUUCAUUCAUUCAU